AUGCGAGAUGUGCUGGAAGAAUUCGAAACUUUCGUCGACAAGUAUGGCAGCGAAGAUCCCGUCCGCAUUAGGGAGAUUACGACACCGGCUCGCACGGAGACGCCGCUCUCAACCACGACAACUUCCAAAGCCAAGGGCCGAGCGCAAAUACGGGCUGCUCUCCCGCCGCCGACUCCGGAAGAAAUGCGUGAGAUCAACGCUCUUCACACCAACCCUAAGCCCCCAUUUGCUUCGCAAGGUGUGAGGCACUCGGCGUUCACCCCGGUGACUUCGGUGACCGACGACGAAUCCGACGACCUCCCCCAACAGGUUCGCUCUCCUGGCCGCCUUGCGAUGACUCGCUCUCCGCCACCUGUUCCGAUUAGCCGCUCCUAUACUUCCUUUAGUUCUAGUCAGCCGAAGCCUGCGGCCAAUUCAUCCGCCACCGCCUCAUCCUCGGCCUUUAUGACGAAGGCCCAAAUACGCGAUACGGUACCGCUUGACCUCCGCUGGUACUCGGUCACCGUGGGCUCCAAGAUUGGGGUGGUACAAGGAUGGGAUCUCGUUCGUGAGGUUGCGUCGUUCCCCGGCUCGAAAAGUGAAUUGCACGCAAGCGACGCGCACGCCUGGAAACACUUUUAUCAGGUCUUGCUGAAAGGUUCUGUGCGUGUCCUGAUUGACGACGCUCUCGUCGAAGUACCCUCGCAGUUCUUGGAGAGCUUUAGGGACUACAUGUUUUAG